AUGCUCUCCCAAUCCCACUCUGAGCCGCUCCUCUCCGUCCCCUCCGCGUCCACGUCCGUCAUGACACAAGCCGUCCUGCCUCCCUUUCAGCAUUCGUCCUCUACCUCCGACGUCCCCGCUGAACGCUCCGACGGCAAGAAAAAAACUACUGCUAAACGUCGUCGUCCAAAUGAUGGGGCCAGCGACAGCGCCGACUCGUCGUCGCAAGCCGUGCGCACACGCGAUGGCCCGAAGAAGAAGAAGGCCAACCGCGCUUGCUUUCACUGCCAGAAGGCUCAUCUCACUUGUGACGAUUCACGACCGUGUCAGCGGUGUGUCAAACGAGGCAUGGCAGCAAAUUGUACUGAAGGACAUCGCAAGAAGGCGAAAUACCUCUUCGACGAUGAAGAACUUCAAGCUCUGAAACGAAGCAAAUCAGGCGAGAGCUCUAAGAGUGUAGAACCUGUAUCUGUACCAGAAUCACAACCCGAAUUUGCUCCACCCGAUCCGAUCUUUCAACAAUACGCUCCCACAACUUCGUUUGCUCUCGGCUCGGAGGGUGCAAAUCUCGAAUACUCCAUCCUCUCUGCUAUCCUCGGUAAUUCUCCCGAUGGAGGCAGCCCAGGCACCUCUGCGUCGCAUGCCAACUCCCAUACCCAUCAACAUACGCACCAACAUACUCAGGCGUCAUCCUCCUUUACCGCCUCCGCGUCCACAAGCAAUCUCGUCAGUGCGACGUGGCCUGCAGAGCCAUUGGGAGAGCAGUAUACAGGGUCUAAUUCAAUGCCGGCCGGUGCAGACGGGUAUUCGGGCCCGGCGCCGGUGCCUUCGUCAUACAGCGAACACGCGCAACAAAACCUUGUCAUCCAGCCGGCAGACACAACGCUUUCUUCCUCGUCUGCUCCCAUGGCGGUCUCUACGAUGUCCAGUUCGCAUGAUUACAGUGCGCCCGGAAGCUCGGGCUUUGUACCGCCAGGACAAUAUGCACAACAGCAGUCAGGGCCCAUGACUGUGCCGCAAACGAACGGGCGCGAGUAUCAUUAUGCGGACUUUGGUGCCGGCGGCGGUUCUGAGCGGGCGCAAGGGCAGGGUCAAUCGUCCAAUUCCCAGUAUGGGCAGGGAAUGAGUGGUGCGGAAACUGCAUCGCCGACGGGGUAUAUGCGACUUACGCGUCGAGUUGGUCUGUCAUUCCGGACAGAAAAGCAGCCUGUUUGGGGAGCGUUACCGGAUACCAGCGGUCUGAGUUCGGUAGCGACUGCGACGGGUGCUGGCGUAUACCACUCUGUCACGAAGCCGUAUGACUACACAGAAGGAUACCAUUUUUUGAUGAAACAUAUACCUCGACGGUUUGAAAAGAACGAUAUCUUGCGGAUCGUGCGCGCUCUGGCGAUCUUCAGGCCAUCGCUCAUCGCGCUUCAAAUGCCUUUAUCCGAGGAAGAUGAGGUCUUCGUCGAGAAAUGUUUCCAACGGUCUCUCAUCGAGUUAGAUAAGCUGGUCUCGUUUAGCGGGACGCCAACAGUCGCUUGGCGGAGAACGGGAGAGAUCUGCCUGGUAGGACCCGAGUUCUGCAUGCUCACUGGAUGGGAGAAGGAAGAGCUCGUCGGGCGUCGGAAGUAUAUCUACGAAUUGUUUGAGAACCAAAGUGUGGUGGAGUACUGGGAGAACUUCGCAAACCACGCGUUCGAGAACACGACCCAGAGCGUGUAUGCGCAUUGUGUCCUCUUGAAGCCGUCGGGCGCCCCCGUACCGUGCACCUUCUGCUUCUCGAUACGCAGGGACAUCAUGGAUCUACCGAGUAUUGUCAUCGGACAAUGGCUUCCGUUGAUCUAA